AACAUAUGGAGGGAGUUAUGCUGCUUGCUCAUCGAUAUCAGCUCUGUAACAAACAAGGAGUUCUCUGCGUUCAUUACAUAUAUAACCUCCGAGCCCUGCUUUUGUUCAAUCGUCGUCGUCGGCCUGCACCUCCAGUUCUUCAUUCAUUCAAUUUCUAUGACUUAAGAAAAGAGACCAAUCGUCGACUCCACAGCCAUCGUCUUACGGGAAAUUGGAAGCAGAUAUAGAGAUGGCGAUGCGAGACCUAGUUGCUGGAGGAGCGGCAUGUGCGGUUCCGGGUUCUUCAUCUUCCAAUCCUCUUGGCGCUCUUGCCAAUACACUCCUAGGCUCCUCUUCUAAAACUCAGGAAAGGCUAAAGGAAAUCCCCACAGCGACUGCUACAAGUUCGGAGAAUCGAUUUUUCCAGGAUGUUGAGGACCCUCUGAGAGCACUUCCAGGGGCUGAAUUUGAACAACAGCAAUUUUCUCACCCCGGUGCUCAGGGCUCGGAAUUCCUUGCUGGGUUUCGCUCUGCUGAUCAGAAUGGACUCGUGGAUGCCUGGGAUGAGAUACAGCGGUCUCAUGUUCCCCCUCUAUCUGUGGCUAACAUUCCUCUAUUGGAUCAUGGGUAUGAUCGUGGACCUCAGCUUCAACCCACUUUGGAUGGACCGCCCCAAAGAGUGUUGUCUAGCUUUUUGCGGUCAUUUGUUGAAAGUAGCCACGGUGGAGUCCCUUUUCGUCCUGCUCCAUUGCCUUUGUUAGGAUUAUCUGAAGGCGAAAAACAGUGCAUACGUGAUCGUAGCAGCAUAAUGGCCAGGCACUUCUUUGCUGAUAAGAGUGAAGAUUUCAUUAAUGCACAGGUGAAUGCACUAUUGUCUUCAUUAGAUAUUGACGGUGAUGCUCAUGCAAAGGGGCCUUCACCUGGGAGAUUUCAAGAGCUGGAGGAUUACUGGAAUGAGUCACAGGGUAGUUUGAGACCUGGCCCUCAUGCUGCCGAUGGAUGGAUUGCAGAAUUUAACCAGCAAAGGUUAAAACAUAGUGAUCCUGAUGGUUGGGCUCAUGCAUUUGAACGGCAACAUGGUGCUAAUGGUUGGGUCUCUGAAUUUGAGCAGGAACAACAGUUGGCAUCAAUGGAUCAAAUGAGAGGUGCAAAUACCCCAAACUUAGCUGCAAUGGAACAGACUCGUAUGCUUGCCCACACACUUGCUCGAAAUAAUGACCCUAAAUUUCAGAAUUCAAAGUUUCUUCAAUUUGUGUCAAAGAUGAGUCGUGGUGAACUUAUUAUUGAUGAUAAUCAAGUGAAGCCAGCUGUUGGACCUAGUGAUUGGGCAACAGAAUAUCAGCAACAACAUAUUGGGGGUACUUCUUGGGCUGAUGAAUAUGUGCGUGAUGAGGUUUCUCAUGGACCUGAUCGAUGGGUGAAUGAGUUUUGGACCGAAAGAGAGCAAAAUGGAUCUAUUGAUGAUCAAUGGGUAAAUGAAUUCUCAAAGUUGCAUGUUAAUGACUGGGUAGAAGAAUUUGGGCAGCAGGUAGAUGCAGGAGCCUUGGGGGCUAGUUCAACUGAUGAUUGGGCAAAUGGCUAUGAUGAGUACCUGAAUGAACAAGUUGCUGUCAAGCAGCAUUCAGAAGCUUCAAGGGGAGUCUAUGUGUUCUCUGAUAUGAAUCCUUAUGUUGGUCACCUCAAUCCUUUAAAAGAAGGCCAGGAGCUAUUCCGCAAAGGGCUUUUGAGUGAAGCAGUGCUUGCUUUAGAGGCUGAAGUCUUGAAAAACCCAGAUAAUGCUGAAGGUUGGAGGUUACUUGGAAUAGCACAUGCAGAGAAUGAUGAUGAUCAACAGGCAAUUGCAGCGAUGAUGCGAGCACAGGAGGCUGAUCCCACAAAUCUUGAAGUGCUUCUUGCUCUUGGCGUGAGUCAUACAAAUGAGUUGGAGCAAGCAGUUGCCUUGAAGUACUUGUAUGGAUGGCUUAGUAAUCAUCCAAAAUAUGGAAUUCUUGCCAGUCCAGAGCUUGCUGAUUCAUUAUAUCAUGCCAAUGUUGCUAGAUUAUUCAAUGAAGCUUCCCAGAUGUCACCUGAGGAUGCUGAUGUGCACAUUGUACUUGGUGUGCUAUAUAAUUUAUCCAGAGAGUACGACAAGGCCAUUGCUUCCUUCCAAAUGGCUUUGAAGCUCAAGCCACAGGAUUACUCCCUAUGGAACAAGCUUGGUGCAACACAAGCCAACAGUGUCCAGAGUGCUGAUGCCAUUUUGGCUUAUCAACAGGCACUUGAUUUGAAGCCUAACUAUGUUCGUGCAUGGGCAAACAUGGGAAUCAGUUAUGCCAACCAGGGUAUGUACGAGGAAUCCAUUCGGUACUAUGUGCGGGCACUUGCUAUGAAUCCCAAGGCAGAUAAUGCUUGGCAAUAUUUGAGAAUUUCAUUGAGCUGUGCUUCUAGGAAAGACAUGCUGGAAGCUUGUGCUUCUCGGAAUAUAGACCUCCUGCAGAAAGAGUUUCCGCUGUAAGUUUGAAAGUGACAGAUGAAUACUAGGUUAGGUUCCAUUUGCUCAGUCAUUUGCUGAGAGUGAGGGCUAUACAUUUUAAAUCCUCCUCUGUGCCCACUAAAUAGCUACAUCCAUGUUCUGCUACAUUCACAUCUGCUUUAUACUGAGCUUGGAACACUUCACUGUGAUAUUUUCAAGUUGGAAAACCAAAUACGGAAACUGGAGCUAACACAAACAAUCGUAUGUAGUUUCAAAUGCUGUACUAGUAGGUAUCUUGAUUCUUCAACGCAGGAAUAUUAGAUGAUAAUUGUUACUUAACUAGUUUUUGUGCAUCAAGUAUUUUUAUAAUAUGUAUUGAUAUUAUUUUUUGUAUAAACAAAUAAAUAUUAAUAUUUCAAUUAGUUAAAUAAAUUUAGAAUAUUGAUUUUGAUAUUGUUA